AUGCUGUCUCACGCCGACCUCCUGGACGCCAGGCUAGGUAUGAAAGAUGCAGCCGAGCUGCUGGGCCACCGGGAGGCGGUGAAGUGUAGGCUGGGCGUGGGGGGCUCAGACCCCGGGGGCCAUCCAGGGGACCUGGCACCAAACUCGGACCCAGUCGAGGGAGCCACGCUGCUGCCCGGAGAGGACAUCACCACCGUGGGCUCCACACCGGCUUCGCUGGCGGUGAGCGCCAAAGACCCGGACAAGCAGCCCGGUCCCCAGGGCGGCCCGAACCCCAGCCAAGCCGGCCAGCAGCAGGGCCAACAGAAGCAGAAGCGCCACCGGACGCGCUUCACCCCAGCACAGCUCAACGAGUUGGAGAGGAGCUUCGCCAAGACCCACUACCCCGACAUCUUCAUGCGCGAGGAGCUGGCGCUGCGCAUCGGGCUGACCGAGUCCCGAGUGCAGGUCUGGUUCCAGAACCGGCGCGCCAAGUGGAAGAAACGCAAGAAGACCACCAACGUGUUCCGCGCGCCCGGCACGCUGCUGCCCACGCCAGGCCUGCCUCAGUUUCCCUCCGCCGCGGCCGCCGCGGCCGCCGCCAUGGGCGACAGCCUGUGCUCCUUCCACGCCAACGACACCCGCUGGGCGGCGGCCGCCAUGCCGGGCGUGUCGCAGCUGCCGCUGCCGCCGGCGCUGGGCAGGCAGCAGGCCAUGGCGCAGUCGCUGUCGCAGUGCAGCCUGGCGGCCGGGCCGCCGCCCAACUCCAUGGGGCUGUCCAACAGCCUGGCGGGCUCCAACGGCGCCGGGCUGCAGUCGCACCUCUACCAGCCCGCCUUCCCGGGCAUGGUGCCCGCCUCCCUCCCCGGCCCCAGCAACGUGUCGGGGUCGCCCCAGCUCUGCAGCUCCCCGGACAGCAGCGACGUGUGGCGGGGCACGAGCAUCGCCUCUCUCCGCCGCAAGGCGCUAGAGCACACAGUCUCCAUGAGCUUCACCUAA